AUGGAUGAGGCAUGCAAUGGCAUCAACCCAGACCUAUCGUCCAACCCAUGUGAGCUGAACUGCGUCCCCCAUGGCGAGAACUUCUUCUACAGACACAGGCCUUCCGUGGUGGAUGGCACACCCUGCUAUGUGAGCCGCAGUGACAUCUGUAUCAACGGCAUCUGCAGGGCUGUGAGAAAUGGAGAAAUCAUUGGCAUGGACCGCGAUGUGGCGCCUGCCACUCCCGCUCCCGCUGCCAACCUCCGCUACCGCGAGCCCCUCACGUAUGCCUACACAUACAGCGCCUGGUCCGAGUGCUCGGCCCCCUGCAACAGUGGCACCCAGCACCGCAGCGUGCAGUGCAUGGUGCAGGACUCGAUGGCACCCCAUGUGGUGGAUGACUCUUACUGCGUCUCCCAGCAACUACCCAGGCCGGAAAGCCAGCAGGCCUGCAACCAGCAGGGAUGUGCCGAGUACAGCGUGUCCAGCUUCAGUGUGUGUUCGGUGACCUGUGGGGACGGCCAGCAGACCAGAGAGGUGGUUUGCGUGGGGGCGGGAGGGGAGCGCUUUGGGGACCAAGCCUGCAGUGGUCUGACACGCCCACCUGCAGUCCAGGCCUGCCGCAAGCCAGCCUGCCACAUCCACAUCAGCUGGCACGUCCAUGACUUCGGACUGGUAACAGAGAGAUACAUUUAG